UAAAAAGAAACACAGCAAAAGUACCUUGCUAGUUACAGCUGCGACCUUCCUUCUUCCUUUUCUAUAGGCUCAGAACUGUUACAACAAGUCUAGCGAGUCGCGAUCCACGAUUUGUAUCGUGAUCUCUAAAUCCAUCUUUCUCUUGCUUUGUUCACAGCCAGGCAACUAAACCAACAAUUCUUUCUUAAUGCCAUACCACUUUUCUUUCUUCUCCUUCUUCACCCACUUGUGCUUGACAAAUUCCACUCAACUGGACACUGGUGGUUGGCUUAAUUGGAUUGAUUGGGAAAAUAAAGAUUUUUGAACAAAGGGUUUUUGCGGAAAUUCAUCAAAAUGGAUUGUAGAGGGUGUAAAUGGAAUCAUAUCCAAAUCAAAUCAAGCUUUCGUUAGCAGAUAUUUGGAGCAUUUUUGAGAAUAUCAUUGAAGACACAAGGUUAGCCAAAGUGAGAAAAGAGGCCUCACACUUUCGAGUUAAACUGAUGAUCUUUGCAAUGAAGUCUCAUGAAAACGAGGAAAUUGACUUGGAAGGCGGCAAGCUGGACAAGGAGAGAGACAAAACAGCACGUAGUAAUAGAGUCAUUAAAAUACAAAAUCAAGCAUUAUUAUCUGGCCUUGCAUAUUGCAUUUCCUCCUGCAGUAUGAUACUGGUGAACAAGUUUGUCCUUUCCAGCUAUGAUUUUAAUGCUGGGAUAUCUUUGAUGCUGUACCAGAAUCUUAUCUCAGUGAUUAUUGUGUCGGUCUUGAGUUUUCUGGGCAUAAUAUCGACUGAACCACUAACCUGGCGAUUGAUUAAGGUCUGGUUGCCAGUGAAUGUUAUAUUUGUUGGAAUGCUCAUUACAAGCUUGUUUAGUUUGAAAUACAUUAAUAUCGCGAUGGUCACAGUCCUGAAGAAUGUUACUAAUGUGAUAACUGCCCUUGGCGAAAUGUAUCUUUUUAGUAAGCACCAUGACAGCAGAGUAUGGGCUGCUCUAUUCUUAAUGAUCAUUUCAGCAAUUUCAGGAGGGAUUACUGAUAUGUCUUUUCAUGCUGUUGGCUAUGCAUGGCAGUUCAUCAACUGUUUUCUAACAGCUUCUUAUUCUCUGACCCUACGCAGGGUCAUGGAUACAGCAAAACAAGUCACCAGAUCUGGAAACUUGAACGAGUUUUCAAUGGUUUUGUUAAAUAAUACCCUAUCACUGCCUUUGGGAAUUAUUCUUAUUUAUGUUUUCAAUGAGGUGGAAUAUCUCUCCAAAACACCACUCUUGAGGUUACCUGUCUUCUGGCUGGUAAUGACGUUAAGUGGAUUUUUAGGUCUGGCAAUCAGCUUCACUUCUAUGUGGUUUCUUCAUCAAACAGGGGCUACCACAUACAGCCUUGUGGGAUCACUGAAUAAGAUCCCCCUGUCAAUUGCUAGCAUCCUUCUAUUCAAAGUACCUACCAAUUUGGAAAACUCAGCAAGUAUCUUCUUUGGUUUACUGGCGGGAGUGUUUUUUGAGAAAGCCAAAAUGCAGGAAAGAUCCUAGUCCUGACUAUCCUGACUUUCUAUUAACUGUGGUAUACAUGAAAAACGUGUGCACUUGGAUGAACUGUCUGGUCACUGUAUACUUGAUAGCAAUGGCAAAUUGGUUGAACAGUUACUAUUGACAAGGGAAAAAAUACUUUCAUAUGUCCAGGCAUGCUGUUGCAUGUUAAAUCCCGUGGUGCAAGGGGAGCAGGAUUCUGCCACAAUAUAUUGGUCAUCCACUUUUGUUGUAAUGAAAGAUGCUGCCACCCUACUUUUAUCUGUAUUUCAUUGUGCAGCUUAUCCUUUGCUCCCUUUGUAUUAGGCUUCUUUAGUCUUUGAAAAUUCUGGUUGCAGUGCUGAUAUUUUUGAUCGGGGUAUGGUCAAGUUUUGUAAACAAUUAACUAAUUAAUUAAUUUUUUAUCUUUAUUUUCAA